AUGAGCUUACAAGCUAGGCGAGAGUACCACAUCGUCGUGCUCGGUGCCGGAGGUGUAGGGAAGAGCUGUCUCACGGCCCAAUUCGUCCAAAAUGUAUGGAUCGAAAGCUACGACCCAACCAUCGAGGACUCCUACCGCAAACAGGUGAAUGUGGACGGCCGACAAGUUAUGCUUGAGAUUCUGGACACGGCCGGCACGGAACAAUUCACCGCCAUGCGGGAGCUGUACAUGAAACAGGGACAGGGCUUCCUUCUCGUCUUCUCCAUCUGCAACAUGAACUCCUUUUACGAGUUGGCCGAACUGCGUGAACAAAUCAUCCGCAUCAAAGACGACGAAGAUGUGCCACUCGUCCUGGUAGGCAACAAAGCCGACAUGGAAGACGACCGCGUCGUCCCCCGCGCCAGAGCCUUCCAGCUCGCCCAGCAAUGGGGCCAGAAGCCAUACUACGAGACCUCGGCGCGACGGCGCACAAACGUCGACGAGGUCUUCCUCAAUCUGUGCCACCAGAUUAUCCAGAAAGACAGUAGUCGAUCCCAAACUUUCGAACAACAGUUUGCUAGUCGACGCCACGACCGGCCGAAUAGACAAGACCGUCGAGGCAGGAGAAUUCGGAACCGCGAUCGCUGUGUCAUUUUGUGA